GAUGCCCACCCCUGCCCCCUACACACAACAAAUCGUGUACCUACCAGUUGACACGAUGGAGGACGGAGAGUGGAACUCUGUGAUGGAGGUCAUCAACGCGGAUUUUCUUCGGAAGGUUAAAAAGCAAAAGCAGUUUGUCGCUGCUCCAAGUUUGGCAAACGUCAACCACGGUCCUCCUCUUUUGAUAUUGGGACAGACUUGUUAUAGAUUGGUCCCAAGUGGAGUUCUAGUUCCUUCUCCUUCUCCAACAACACCUCAUCCACCAACACCUUCUCCUCUUCUUCUGCCACCAAAAUCAAAAAAAAUCAAGACCAUGUCAAGACCUGAGGAGGGGCCCUACAUUAAGAAGCCUCCAAAUGCCUUCAUGAUAUUUGCGAAGGAACAUCGGUCCAUCGUCAAGGCCCAAUGUUUUAACAUUGACAGCGCCAGCGUCAAUAAAAUCCUGGGUCAGAUGUGGAAGUCACUGACGCCGGCCGAGCAGCACCUGUACUUCCAAGAGUCGGACCGCCUCAGCCGGAUCCACGCCGACAUGUACCCGGACUGGAACUCUAGGGACAACUACGGCAAAAAGAAAAAGAGAAAGUGGGGCCGUGCAGCCACCAGUUCAAAUAAUAUGACCAUUCCUGUACCCGAACUGGCACCGCCGCCUUUCAAGCCCAGGAACGAGGGACCCGGAGCAGCCCCAACCUCCAUUUUGGGACUGGCGGACUCUGCUUGGUCGUCCCCCUGCUCGGACGUGAGCCUCGAGGCGGACCCGAUGUCCGCCUUGUUGGAACAGCUGGAGGAUUUGGAGUCGGUCAACGCAGCUGAGCCGCCGCCCUCUUUUUGCCACACAGCGGACGUGGAAGAUCUAGAGAGACCUAAACACUGGACUCCGUGGAAUAUUCAAGGACCCGGAGCAGCCCAGACCUCCAUUUUGGGACUGGCAGACUCGGCUUGUUUGUCGUCCCCCUGCUCAGACGUGGGCCUCGAGGCGGACCUGAUGUCCGCCUUGUUGGAACAGCUGGAGGAUUUGGAGUCGGUCAACGCAGCUGAGCCGCCGCCCUCUUUUUGCCACACAGCGGACGUGGAAGAUCUCGAGAGACCUAAACACUGGACUCAGUGUAAUAUUCAAGGACCCGGAGCAGCCCCUACCUCCAUUUUGGGACUGGCGGACUCGGCUUGGUCGUCCCCCUGCUCGGACGUGAGCCUCGAGGCGGACCUGAUGUCCGCCUUGUUCGAACAGCUGGAGAAUUUGGAGCCGGUCAACGCAGCUGAGCCGCUGCCCUCUUUUUGCCACACAGCAGACGUGGAAGAUCUCGAGAGACUAAACACUGGACUCCAUGGAAUAUUCAAGGACCCGGAGCAGCCCAGACCUCCAUUUUGGGACUGGCGGACUCGGCUUGGUCGUCCCCCUACCCAGACGUGGGCCUCGAGGCGGACCUGA